AUGGAUGCCGUUGGUGAUAACGUCCCGCUCGCUCUUCGGCGCGGCCGUCGCAGCAAUUUUGGCGUCAGGAUCAAGUCGGAGCCCGAUGCAGUCCCCGAGGCCAAGACUCCCCGUCGCAAACGACAUGUUCGUUUCUCAGACUCUGCGGCCACCGGUCUGACACCGAUGGUCCGUCGUACAGUCCUUACCACCCCAACCAGCAACCGACGUCGUGUAUCAGCACCGGCAGCAACGCCUUCUUCUUCCAGCACAAACAGAUUCACAGACGCAGCUACUCGUGACGGUCCCAACACACCAGGGCUUCGCCAUGUCAUUGACGGCAGGGUGGACCGUCACCAGCGCCGCUCGGCCCUGCGCACCGCUCUAGAGAAGCUAGAUUUUACCCACCGUCGUUCCAGCCAACAAGCCAAAUCGCAAAUUGCCCAGUUGAAGGACGAGCUCCGCCUGCGGGACAGGGAGAUCUAUGAGCUGCAGAACGCCACCAUCAUCGUCGAUAACGACCGGCUAUGGGAGCUUGAGCAGCAGGUCAACGAUCUGGAGGCCGAGCUGAGAGAGGCCCGCAGCCGCCAGGAUCUCCGGGAGAGCAGCCCCAUGGACUGGACCUUUGGCGCUCCUCCUUCAACUCAUCAUCAUCGGUCUCGUGGCCUUGAUGCCGACGACGAGGAUCAAUUCGGUGACGCGACUAUGGCACAGCUCAUGUGUAGUACCCCGUCAAGGGCGCGCUCCUCAUUCCCAACACCACCCGCCACGAGUCCCCCUCCCUAUGGACCUGGCACUCCAACGAUGGGUCGCUUCAACCCUCCUCGUCUUGCCCUCACGCCAGAAAAGCAACCAGAGCCACCGGCAACAACUACUGCUGGCGUCCAGGCUAGCCUUCCAGAUCUCAUGGCGCAGGCAGAAAUGGAGUCACUGCAGCGAGAAGCCAGAAAGCUUUCAGAGACAUUAGAGUCUCAACUGUCACUGCUCGAAAGAAUUUCAAGGCGGCUCCCACGGGAUUCCACCGUCACCGAUGGAGACGACACUGUUGUCGUCUGGGGCCCAGAGACAGUGGAGAAGCAGGUCGACGCUGUGAUGCGGACACUGUCCGAUCGCGCCGCAGCGCUCACCUCCCUCACAACCACGAUAUCCGCACUCGGGUACCCAGGAAACGACGCUUCUGAGAUGCUCACCUCUCUCGCAACGUCAUUCCGGGCUGCUCGUCUGGAGCUCGAGUAUCUCACACCAGGGGAGAUCACACUCCCUCUCACGUCUCGAAGCGCCGAGGUGCUCGACCUGCUCCUGGUGAGGCUGCGCGAGCUGGCACGCAAGGUCAAGGAGGGCGACGAUGCCAUUGACGAGUAUCACGCCAUCGAGCUGAACCUGCGCAAGCAGCUCGACUCCCGCGUCUCGGUCAUGGACGACCUCAAGGCCGAUCUGGCCAACAAGCAAGACCAGGCCGCGAGUAAAAUCGCUACCAUCAAGGAGCUCGAAGUCGCAAACGACAGGCUCAAGGGGGCUGUGGAGGGGUACCUCCGCGACACUUCCCAGCUGGAGCAGCUCGUGGAGAGGAUGGAGAGCGAGUCCACCGUCAAGAACAGCACCAUCGCGGAGAGGGAAGCGUCCAUCUCUGAGCUCGAGGGCAAGCUCGAGGCUGCCUCCCGACGGGCGUCGGAUUUGCAGGACGAGCUGGAGGUUGUCCAGGCGAGCCGGAAGAAGCACCUUGAUAGCGUCAACCGUCGCUCCGGCGAGGCUCUAGCGCUGCGGGAUGCUCGGGUCAAGGAGCUCCGUGAUGAGAUCGACAGGGUCAAUUCUUCGCUGCGGUCUGCAUACGAGACCAUAUGCAGGCUGAGAGCCGACAAUGGGCACGUCGAGAGGGAGAACCAAAGUUUAAGAGAGGCCAUGGCGGAGCUGCAGAAGGUGAUGAAAAAAAGCGAGGAGAUUCUCGCGGCGAGCAGCGGAGACGGUGAGGCUGGCAAGUCGAGCUCGUCCCCAAAAGAGUACCCCUCUGGAACUGUGUUUCCUAGAUUGGGCAGCAGCAAGAGAAGGCGCCCUGAUAGCGGACUCGGCUUUAUGGAGGCAGAUGAGGUCGAUAUUUGA